AUGUCACGCAGAAGACCCAUUUUAAAAGGAAACUCUGAACGUCAAGGACUGAGAGAGCCACUAAAGCCAACACCUAGUGCGUUGUCGAAUUCAUUUAAUCCAUCAUUAUCCAGUCAAUCGAAGCCACCUUUGCCAGCCAUUCCUAGCCAACAAGACGCACAAUCCAUCUUGCCUACUUCGUUAAUGGUUUCAAACGAUGCGCCGACAACAAUCGUUCCAUCGAGCGAUGAAGCCGAUCUCGUCCUCCCAACCAAACUGUUCACGGCGAAAAAGACAUCAGUGAAUGGUUUGUCUCAAGCUGCCUGCUCCUACUUGUGGUUCCGGCGCAUCAAAGAAAUUUUUCUCGUUAUGGAAAAACAGAACGAUGCGUUUUCAAGUUUUGAUAUGGAGCUCGCGCGAACAGAUAUGAUUCAAACAUGUGAACAAUACCUGGAGAGUGAGCGACUGAAAGGCGGCGGUAUUAAUAUGGUUGGUAUAAGUAGAACAAAAACUGAAACGUAUUAUUCAAUUUUCCUUUUUUCGUAG